UUGGGGAACAAGAAAGUUUUAGGCUUAUGUAUGUAAUGUAAUAACUUUAUGCUUGGUCAAGCAAUUAAGAAUGGUUUGUAAAGAGAUAUACGGUUCAUCUACGGUCUGCAAAAAAUAUGUCAAGACAGGAAAAGACAGAUUGCUGGCAGUCGAUCUCUCACCGAAGUGGACCUCCUUAACACAGUUUUUCAUGGUUGUGUUUCUCCCCCAGGGUUACCCAGAGAGUGUGAGCUCUGAUUACCUUCAGUAUCAAAUAUGGGACACUAUUCAGGCCUUUGCCAGCAGUAUAACAGGUACCCUAGCUGCCCAGGCUAUGCUGAAGGGAGUGGGUGUUGGAGAUGAGAGUGCUACAGUCAUGGCUGCUACAUUAACAUGGAUUCUAAAAGAUGGGACUGGUAUGCUUGGAAGAAUAAUGUUUGCUUGGAUACAAGGGACCAGUUUGGAUUGUGAUGCCAAAAGAUGGAGAUUAUUUGCAGAUAUACUGAAUGAUUUAGCAAUUUUCAUGGAAAUCAUGGCUCCAAAUUUCAAAACUUACUUCACCCCAAUAGUUUGUACAGCUGGGGUUUGUAAGUCCAUUGUAGGAGUGGCAGGAGGAGCCACCAGGGCGGCGCUCACACAACAUCAGGCCCGCAGAAACAAUAUGGCUGACGUGUCGGCAAAAGAUGGAAGUCAGGAGACCCUUGUAAACCUAGCUGCACUUAUAUGUAGUCUUACACUGGUGCCUCUGGUGACUGGAAAAGAAGUGACUAUAUGGAUCUUGUUUGUGUUUUUUACAAUGCUACAUUUAUUUGCCAACUACUCAGCUGUAACCAGUGUUAUUAUGGAGUCUCUUAAUCUGGCCAGACUUCACAUCCUAGUCAAAGACUACCUACAAACUGGCAGAAUUCUCUCCCCUGAGGAAGGAAAUUACAGAGAACCUGUUCUUUGGCGGACAAGAAGAAAGCUAUCUGUUCAUCUGGGAACAUCCAUAGGCAGAGUAUAUAACAAGGCUAGCAAAUUGGAGGAAGCCAUUGCAAUAUAUAAAGGCAGCAAUUACCUUUUAGAUGUAAAUUUUAAGACAGGUUGUAUAUCGAUAGUUCUGUCUUCUGAGAGCACACCUGAAGAUCUACUACAGAGCUGUGUGCAGACAGAGGUUAUCACUUAUGUGUAUGAUAAUCUGUAUAAAAAUAAGGCAUUUUCGUAUGAGCUUGAUGGGAUUGCAGCAGCUUUAACAGAGGGUGAUUCAGCUAAGACAAGUGAGGCCUCCCUCCAUUAUACUAAGUCUCAUAUACAGGAACUCCGCAGAGCCCUCAUUGACCAGGGCUGGGUUUGUGAUCCCUUGUUACUAGGCCCUGAUGAGUGGCGUGCACAGUGGGACAACACAGGACUACUGGAUAAAAAAGAUGUCUGAGUUCUGUAUUAAAUGCAUACACUGUAUUUAGCUUCUAA